AUGCUGCUCUCUUUUAUGACUUACGGAAUGCACAACAUGGAAUUGAGAGAUAGUAUACGAGAAGGCUACACCGCAUUGGGAGCUCAAUCACGUCAGGAGACACAGGCGUUGAGAGCGUUUUUGAACACGUCCGUUGAUCCGAUGGAGAUGAUAAUAUUGUUACUGUCAAAAUCUGACAGAUCAAUGCAUGUAAAGGAAAAACUCGACGAAGCGGCCGAUAUUGUCAAUUUCAUUUACAACAUGACAGUUGUACACAAAAAUCGACGUCUGACGUACAAAGAAAUGUGCGCCCCGCACUGCUUUGCAAAUGAGCUGUUCGAGGCUUUCAAGGUGAAACGGUUUUUCGACUUUGGGGAAGACAUAGCGGUAGACCGUGGAAAGCCGUUAGAAUCCCAAAUUACAAAUAUGGAGCACGUGGAGCUGAUUGUUCUCUUUCCGUAUGGUUUCAAGAACACCACAGAACUGCAGACAGCCUUCGCAGCCUGGGAACUGGGAGUACACGACUGGACCAAGAAGUACAAUAAAGGGUUAAUCAAGAAAAAUUCAAAAGUCGAGGUUCUUGUGAGUUUAUGGUUUUGUGGUGCCUCAAACUUCCGGGAAUAG